AUGCGUGGGCUGACUGCAAAGAUGCCAAAGAACCUUUUAUCAUUUAUUCGCUUGUGCGUGCUCCUGCUAGGCUUUGCCGUUAUCUGCUCCGGAGCCUUUUGCAUCUCGACAGGCUCCUCUACCUGCAAAUGCAAUAAUGUGCCUAUUGAAUAUUUCCUUUUGCCAUUGGGGUUUCUCCUUCUCAUCUCUGGAAUUUUCUGGAGCACUUAUCACGAGGCCAGCAAACACAAGAGCUUAUUCCACAGAAUUAUCCAGCGAAAUCCUAGAUUUCAAGAUAGUCACAUCACUACUAUAGACAGGCCUGACUUCUACCCCCCAUCUUAUGAAGACAGCACUGAUCCUGGAAAGCAGACAUUCCCACUGCCAGAUUGCCUACUGGAAGGAGAAAUGGUUUCCUACAACAUACCUCCCCCACUAUACACAGAGAGCAGUCUGCAAUUCAUUGAGGAGACCAGCUCUCAGGAACAGCAGCCACCAUCAUAUGAAGUUUCCGUGCAGCAACAGCAAGCCACUGAACUUGAUUCGGCACUUCAACAGACUUCUAAUGUGUCUGUGGCAUAGUCCUAAUCAAACAGAUGCCAAAGGACAUACAGAAGAGUUAAACUGUAUCUACUGUUGAGGGAUAACAGCAACAGAUUUCUUGUGAAAAUGCCCUGAGCUUUAGACUGGCCCACACCUUGAAGGAAGCCCACCAGGGCAGUGGAAACCAUGAAGACCAGCACUGCAAGUUUGAUGGAGAAAACCUAGCCAGAUCUACUCAGAAGAAAGUCCCACAACUCAAUGGGACUUCCUCCCAGGAAACUGUUUUUAGGAUUGCAGCCUUGAAGUCAUUAAAAUCCCAUAUUUAUCCAUCAAUUUCAUCUUCUUUUAAUGUUGGUUAAUGGUAGAUUAGAAAAUAUCUUGGUUCGUUAUAUAACAGCUGGCAUUUAUUUGCUGUUGUGUAAGGCAUUUGCACUGUGGCUGAAGCUAUCUCGUUUACAUAUUGGUUAAUAUUGUAUUGCAUUAACUUUUUACAAUAAAAUUUUGUAUUUUU